AUGAGGCAGGGAAUUGAAGUUGAUGAUGCCGAAGUCGUGUGGCCAGAAUCAGCGAGAGAGAAGGUUGUGGAGAAGAAUUGGCGAUCAGUAUUCCGCGUCCACCUGGAUGAUGUGGAGAAGUUUGGCCUAGAGUACUGCAUCUAUUUUCAGACCCUGCGAGUAUUAUGCCUCAUGUUCUUGGUGCUUUCGCUGCUGGCCAUUCCGGAGCUGCUCUUCUGCUUGCGUGGGAAUGUAUUUAUGCAAGACGAUCUGCUGAGCCGCCUCGGCCGACUGACGCUUGGCAACGUGUCGCCAGAGACGGUGCUCCACUCAGGACCCUUCAACUUUGGCCUGAGAGGCUGUGGAGAUCCUGGUGCUCUGGGUUUAGGCUUUCUUUUUGCAUCGCAGCUUGCGAUCGCGCCUCUGGCCCUUGGAAUCCUCAGCCUUUGGUCCUGGCCACGCCUAGCCAGCCAUCCGGACCUGGCGCUGGAGCCUUCUGCAGCUGACUAUUCACUGCGAGUGGACGGCUUACCCAGCCAAGUAGAUCUGGGCGGGCGAACUUUGGAAGCUGAGCUCCUCUCACACUUCGAAACGGUGCUCCGCGAACGCGGUGCUGACGGACUCUGUUGCGACGUAGUCUUGCAGCGCAAUUUCCGUGGAGCCUUGCAGGCUGCCUUAGACCUGCAGGCCUGGGAGCUGAAAGCCGCCGCCGCCACGCGGCACAGCCCCGGCAGCCGCCGGGCUGCGCGUGCUCUCCAGCGCCGCCAGGAGGCCGCUCGGCGGGUUUCCAUGCAGCGCCGCGACGAAAGCGAACGGCCGGUUUGUGGCGCGUUUGUAGUGCUGGGAAGCGAAGAAGAGCGAGACUGGUUGCUGAAACGGUAUCGAUUGGCUCGGUUCGCCGUCUGCCGGGCUUUGCAGCCACGCCAUUUGCGCCUGCAGCAGACGUGGUCUUUGCGAUUAUCCGCUGCUCCCGAGCCAUCAGACAUUGCCUGGUCCCUUUUUUCUGACGCAAGGUGCUUGCCCCCCGCCGCGUUGUGGCAAUGUGCCGUUCGAGUUUCCACCGUGGCCUUCUUGCUGGUUUUGUUUCUUCUAGGUUGUGGAGGCUGCCUGCUUAUUUUUGCGGCUAUGCUGGGAGUUCCCGGAGAGUCAGCGAUGCAAUGCAAUAUUUGGUCGUCGCAGGAUGCCAGCUUUGCUGCUUGGAAUUCAGAUUGCAGCUGCCUCUGCGCCUGUGAUCUGUUAAAAUCUCGUUUUCCAGACACGUCGCAGUGCGAACUCCUGGAGGUUGAGUCCUCCAUGGCAGUCCUUGCAUGUGUCGUCCUGGUGGAGAUCCUGCAAGCCAUUGCGUGUUGGGGGUUGAGGUGGCUGAUGCCAUUGUGGCGUGCUGCGUAUGCUUCCCAGCUCGAGGCUAGCAAGAUGUUCCUCCUGGCUGUUGCGCAGGUGUGUGCACCACUGUCUCCCAUAUGCGGCCUGCUUGCUCUAAAGUGGCUGUGGUCAGAGCAGGUCCUUCCACUUCAAUUGGGUGCAUCUGGAGCAAUCAGGUUGCGACUGCAGCAAGUGGACAUUUCCUUCUACAAGUAUGCCAUCCCUAUCAUUUUCGUUUGGUGCUGUCUGCGAUGGCUGGCGAUAAUACCUGAGGCACUUCUUAUAUGCAGAAGAUCACAUGCUACCAGCUUUAUGCUCUGGAAACAGUAUGCUUCCGUUGCAUCGGUGGUCGCUGUAUCAAUCGCUUUCCAGCCAUUUGCACCCUGUCUUCCCUGUGUUGGUUUCGUGGGAGCGCUAAUCUGGUACUGGGCCGUCAAGGCCGUCAUUGCGCGAGGUGCAGUGACGGUUCGCUUCGGCACACCAGUGCGUCUUGCGCUGCUGGCGGCACGGCGGUUUGCCAGCUUCCUGUGGGCAGCAAGCUUCUUGGGAGAGAAGCGACGCGGCUCGAAGAUGAUGUCCAAGAAGAUGUCCUUGACUCCCCUCCCUGCUGAAAAGUUCCCCGAGUUCAAUGGAUAUGCGGUGUUUAUGAAUGAGCAUUUGGCAAGGCUGCCGGAUUCAGCUCUGACAGAAGCACCUUUGAGCUUACGCUGCAAAUGGGAUGGGUUCACCGACUCCCAGAAGAAGGCCUACGAGGAUGCCGGAGUGCGCAAAGCGGAUGCAGGGAUGUCGGGUCAGAGCAAGAGCAAGUACGCUUGCCCGAUCCGUCUGGAAAGGACGGACGAAGCCGGCGCCAAAGCUGGACAGUUCCUGCUUAACUUGGUCAACAACAAGGAGGAAAGACCCGGCGCAAUUCUACUUCAACAGCUGAAGGGCGGCGCUUCCAGAGGCAAAGCACCCGCGGACCUGUCUGCGUUCCGCACGGACAACGGCGCCGGAAUGGCGCUGCUGCAACAGGACGUGGCCAGGGCGGAUGGCGAUUCCUACUACGGCACUUACGAUGAAACCGAGUGGGCGGACCAUCGCAAGGGAAGUGGCAAGUACAACAAGUACAAGGCAGGUCUGCAGAAGAGGCAGUGCAAGUCUGGGUCAAGCAUCAAUGCGGAGCCGCAUCAGGGUAAGACAUCGGGAAAGUACGACUGGGCAACUUGGCUUCUUUUCAAGGCAAAUCGUAAAGUCGAAAUGUGGCUCUUCUUGGUGGACCUCCAACUCCGGCGAGGACUGAGCGACAGCGCAGCGCUCCGCAAUGGGGAAGGCAGCAACGAGUGCCGGCUGUCGAUGGCAAGCGGUUGGCCACCUCUCCACCUGCUCCACAGGAGCACCGGCUCGGAGGACGCUGCCGAGGCCGGGAUCUGCGGUGAGAAUGAGCGCAGCCCUGUGGGUUGUCAGCGAUGGCGCCAGAAAGGCAAGGCCGAUGGAAAAGGCAAGGGCAGCGGAAAAGGCGAAGGCGAAGUGGAAGCCGGCAGCUGCAAAGAGCUCCAAGUGAGUUCACUUCUUGAUGAACUUUCGCCGAACCCGGUGAAUCUGAUGCCGGAAAGGAUGGAUGAAAGCAGAGGCCGUUUGUGGCUUGUUGUUCAGCUCAGUGCCGUCAUCGCGAGCGAGCGGACACGCACAGUCAAUAUCUCUGACGCCGCAACAGCUUUCCUACGUGAUGCGGAACGCACAUCCUGUCAAUGGAGCCGGGAGUCCAGAAAGUGCAUCGUGAUGAGGGGAAGUGGCGUAGCAUCUCGGAUGGGAUGCAGUCUCUGGUCGCUGGCAUCCAUGAAUUCUUCGAGCGAGCCAACCAAUUGGCGACCUGGCUUGCAAGAGCGGGACAGGCCAUGGCCUCAUGUGGGUCUUGCUAUGGACCAGGCCGCGAAAGGCCGCGUGAAAGCUUUGCAGCCCUUGGAUGCAUCAUUAUUGAGCCUCUUCGAUGUGAGCCCCAUCGACCAUGAAGACAUGGAGGCAGUUCGGGGAACACAGAAAGGUGCUCGACUUCUGCACGAAGCACGGGUGGAG